UUUUAUUUUUCUCCUCUUUCUUCACAUCUGAUCAUGAACGUUUUAUCGCCCCCAGAACUUGAUGAAUGGAUAGCUCGUUAUAAUUACUCUCGCGAUGCAUGGGCUGGCCAUCUAACUCUGGUCGACGUCCGUGAGCAGCACGAGAUUGAAAAUCAGGGGCAGAUAUACGAUUCUAUCCACAUUCCGUGGGGAUUAGCCGAGCACGAUUCGAAUGCGCUCGUCGCCCGUUUUCUUGUUCACAACAAAGAGAUUCCGUUGAUCAUCUAUUGUCGUUCGGGACGACGUAGCCGGUUGGCGGCUGCCAAGGCGAUCGAACUGGGUUUCAAAAAUGUGUAUGACCUUCAAGGGGGGAUUCUCAACUGGAUUGAAAACAACCUCCCAGUUCAGUCAGACACGCAGGCAAGCGUCGCGCUAGGUUAGACUAUCAGUAUCUUACGCAUCCGGACUGUCGGCCGCUUUUUUCAUACCACUCGCCGUUUACAGACGGCAAACGACACGACCCAUCUUCUGAUGCCAUGGAUGCCGCCCUUCUUAUAUAAAAGCAUAAACGAGGGAUAAUGUAGAACUAGUGCUUAUAAAUAAAUAAAAAAUGAAGCAGCAUAAAAGGAAUAAAGCUCU